AUGCACAACAUUUGCACUUGCGGCACGAGCGCUUGGUCUUCUCAUGACGCACACUAUGAAUUGUGUCUGCAAGAAGCAGCAUGUUUACAGAUGCCAGGUGAAUUGCGUGCAAUGUUUGCUUACAUGUUAGCGUUUUGCGACGUCAACGCCCCCGAGCCUCUUUUCGUCCGUUUUAAGGGUGACAUGUGCGAGGACUUUAUUCAUCAAGGUCUUCCAGUAGCUGAAGCAGAAGCGCUGGCGUAUUACGAUUUGUCAGACAAGUUGCACUCUUGCAGUGCGAUCUCUCACAAAGGAUAG